GGCACUGUUUGCUGUAGUUCCUGGUUCAGGGCAUAACACGCUUUCGGAGACUCCUGCCUCACCACGCAAUAUCAACUUUUCCAAGCAUGGAAUUACAAGGUUCUUAGUUUUCCAAAGAGACAUUAAGCGAACAUAACACCGAAACCCAACUGUGCCGGGUGCAGGUUGUGCCCGCGGCAUGAGUCCUUAGACUCUCCUGCAGGUUUGCUCACUGUAGGCUAGCCAGCUUGCAACCGCCUGCUAAGCUAGCUAACUUACUAGCUUGCUAUUGCAGUUCAAAAUGACUGACUGCUGCGCCGCGGCGAGCUGUGAUUACCAGCCAGGGGAAUCGACCACUGCCCUCUUCAGCUUCCCCGUAGAUCCAGAUCGCUGCAAACAAUGGCUGGUCAACUGUCAUCGUGAAGAUUUGUCAUCAGAACCUCUUGAACAGUUGCACACGCUGUACAAACUUUGUGCAAAGCAUUUUGAGCCCUCUUUGAUCUCCGAACAGAGUGCCUCCGGUUCUGUCUUAAGUGAGGAUGCUGUUCCAACAAUAUUUGGCUCUGUGACACCUGAGAAUAAUCAACCUGCCUGCAACAGGAAAAGAAAUAGAGAUCCUGCAGAAGAGGAGCUCACGUCUGUUAAGAAGACAAAAGAAAACACAGAAGCAACAGACGUGACAGAGGAGACAAAAGAAUUUCCCGGUGAAAACAGUGAAACGCCUGAACUACAAAAUGAAACUAAUGAGGAUGUGGCCACCUCCAGAGCAAAAGAGACUCUGAAAGUUUAUUUUAAAGAAAUUCUGGCACUGACGGGAUUCAGCAUCAACGACGCAAACACCAACACUGAUGAACCAAUUGGAGGUGCUCGGGGUCAGCAAGGUCUCAACCCUAUCUGUGUGGAGAAAAUUGACAAGCAAGAAAUCCUGCAGUUCAGUGAAGACCUCAUGCGGGAGGAGAUCCAGAACAGCCUCACACAGGCACGAUUCUUCUCCAUUCUGCUUCAGGAUGUGACGAGCAUAGAGGGAAAUGAGCAAAUCCCAGUUUUCAUCAGGUCGGUCACUGUCGCUGGGUUCCCACAGAAACACCUAAUUGGGUUCCUGCCAUGUGACCUGGAUGCAGAGAAUCUAUUUUACAUGCUUCUUUCUGAGUUGAGAAACAAGUGGGGGCUGAGGAUGGAGAACUGCAGAGGAAUCACGUAUCUGGUUACAGGCAAUAUAUGUCAGAAAAUGCGCGACCUUACCUGUAAGAUUCUUCAGGAGUUUCCACAAGUGGUUCUCUCACCAAGUGACCCAUAUGCCUUCAACAUAUGGAUUAUUCGCUGCAUGCCUAUGUCCUCCAUCCAGAAGACUGCAGAUACUGUAGAGGAAGUGGCCUCAUUACUCAGGAGAACACCAGAGCUGUCCAAAAGAUUGGAAGGAAAGAUCCAGGCGACCUAUGGGCAUAUAAAAGGGGAGGUGUACAGGAUCACAACAGCUAUCAGUGGGAACUGGGAACAUAGCACUGAUGCCUACCAGACUAUGUUAGAUAUUCUGGAGCCAUUCCUGAACUGCAUCAAUGAGAUGAUUUCGAAGGUAGAUGAAGAGGCUGCUGAGCAGAUGGCCAAGCUCAAGCCAGUUUUGAAGAAUUUCAAUUUCAUUAUCACACUUGUUGUUCUGAAGAACACUCUCUGCUGUGUGAGCAUACUCAACUCAAGUCUCAGGGGAAUCAUUAGCAUCAGCAGUACCUUGCAGUACACCAUUUCCAAUGCCUUAAAGCUGGUAAACAAAUACCAACAGGAGCUUGCAAUAUUCCACAGGAAAUGGGUUUCGGAUGCAGUUGGCCGAGCCAAGAAGCUGGGAGUGGAAGUCACUAAACCAGAGAUGGACCAAGGAGACACAAGCGAAACACCACUGGAGGACUUUUACAGGGAAACCCUGAGCCGACCUAUCUUGCAGUAUCUUGUUGCAGAAGUGAAGAGGGUGUUCAGUGUUGAGAUGGUGAGGAUUCUACGAUGGCUUUCGCUAGUUCCGUCUUAUAUGGCGGACCACAAUUUCAGCAUUCGCAGAGAUAAAGUAGCAGACGCCAACUUGAACAACCUCGCAAGGCCUGACACAUUCUAUGAAGAGCUGGGUUGCUGGGAAGUGAAAUGGAGGCACGCAAGCAAGCGCAGAAUCCUACCUACAACAGUGUUUGCUACACUCAAGAUUCCUGAUAUUGGGUUUUACCCAAAUGUGCAAAGCUUGCUGCGGGUGUUGGGUACAGUUCCAUGUGUAAACGCUGAGGCAGAUGUGUAUGGUCAAUACCAUAUGGUACUGGAACGGUGCCACUCCUACCUAAAGGCCACACCAGGGGACCAAAGAAAGAGCAGCAUGGCAUAUAUCUACGUUAACCAAGAUGUGCACUUCAGUGUCGAACAAAUGGUGGAUUCUUAUGUCCAAAAACAUCCAGACAUCCUGCAGAUGCUGCAAAUGGACGAUGACACAACAGAGAAACUUCCCAAAGUGGCAGCCCGUGGAAACCAUGCUGAAAAGGACACCGAAGAGGAAAUACAAAUCUUAAACCUUGAGAUGGAUGCUGAAAGGCUUGUGGAGAUGAAGUGUGCAGAGACUGAUAGAGAAUCUCUUAAGGCUGCUUUGCAUUCUGCAGUGACGGCUGCAUACAGCAGUCACAGCAGGGCACAUAAUGACACUUCUGCUCAGGAUGGAGAGGUCGAGUAUGUGACCAAGUCUGAAAUGAAAGAAGUUCUUUCUGUGUGUGAGAAUGCGGUCAGGGAGGGAAUCCUCACAGAAGUGGGGACUUCAUUCUUUUCCUUGUUCAUUGAUUGUGUUGUGAAACUUGGGGAAAAGGACUAUCUCCCACUUUUCCUUAGAUUUGUGGACAGUUUUGAUGUCAUGCGGUUGGAGUUGAUGGGAUUCCUUGAGGCAGAUCUUGAUUGUGAUACCAUGGUUCAGCGCCUCUUGGAAGUGGUUACAGUUGAGUGGCAUCUUGAUUUGAGUAACUGUAGAGGUCAAGCAUACCUAGGCUCUGGUGAUGUCUCCUACAUGCUGAAAGCCUUUGCCUGCAAAGUACAGGAGAAAUAUCCUCUUGCUAUAAGCACACACUGCUCUUCCUACUCAUUCAACACAUGGUGGUCAAAAUCCAUCCCAGUACCUGCUGUUAAAAGAGCUCUGGAUACAUUUGAAGAGGUUGUGAUGUUUUUUGGUAGCAGUGCAACUUUAGAGAAACAGCUCGACCAUGUAGUAGCCUUUGGUCUCAGAGAAAACUAUGAAAAGGCCCAAGAAUUACAAGGGAAGUUCUGUACCCUCUGGCAAGAGAAGCAUGAUUCGUAUGAAGUGUUUGUGCAGAUACUGGAGCCCUUAGUUGAAUGUCUAGAGAAGAUCAAAACCAACCCACAGAGAUGGAAAUCCUUUGUAUCUGAGCAAGCUGGGGCCCUUCUCUGCAAGUUAAUGGAAUUUGAUUUCAUCAUUGCCAUGGUGGUCUUAAAGAAUGCAUCCUCUUUUACCAGAGAGCUGAGUGCAGGUCUCCAGAAGGACCACUUUAGCGCCGCAUCUCAGCUUUGCCAAAUCAGUGGUAUUAUGGCAUCGAUGAACAGAGUAAAGACAAAUAUGAAAGUGUUUCACCAGAACUGGUUUGACGAGGCAUGUGCAGUGGCACAAAGUCUAAGAGUGCAGAUUGAAGUGCCUGACAACUCUUUGCUCAAGGAUGGCAUGAUAAAGCCAAUAGGGUUUUACAGAGAUGGCUUAAGUGUGCCCCUGGUCGAUAACCUAAUCAAUGCAGUGAAGGACCAUUUUUCAGAAGACCACAUAGAAGCUCUGAACUUCCUCUCCCUGGUCCCAUGCUCAGUCACUGUCAGUUACAUGUUUGAGAGAUUGAAAUCAAAGCCACCUCUCUACAGCAGUGAUCUUCCCGACGCUGAAAACUUCUUCACUGAGCUGUGCUGUUGGAGAGUAACCUGGAAGACCAAAGUGGCGUCCGUAACAAUCCCAGGCUCCAUAUUUCACACAUUACGCCUGCCACUUAUGCAGUACUUUGGGAACAUCAAUGCGCUGCUGAGGAUUAUGUCUGUGCUACCCAGCACGGCACUGGAAGACUGUGGUGUAGUAAUGCGCCACAAAAAGUUCCAAGAGUAUGUGAGAAAUACAAAUGCUAAAGACAGGUCCACGUGCUUGGCUAUGCUGCAGGUGAGCACAGACUUCAGCAGAGACCUGGACCGAAUGGUGACCCAGUGUUUGAAGGUUACCCCACAAGCCUUGGAGGGUAUCUGUCUGGACAAGGAAUCCAAAAGUUUCAACAGGAACUCUGAAAAUAAUAUGGAAGUUGACCCUGUCAAGGAGGAAGCUGAGCCCAAACUCGAGCAAUGUCCUGACAAGAUUGAGGACCAGGAAAUGAAACCAGCAGAUGAAAAUGGGCACGCAGGAGAUAAUCGUCAAAGUUUGGCCACAGUGUUCAGAAUGGCUGCACUACUGGGGAAAAAGAAUAGCAGUCUCUCUGAUCUCUCAGAGGAGGAUAGAGAGCUUUUCACCCAGGAGCUCACCAUGUGCCACUGGUUUGGAAGAGAGAAUAAAUGCAUACCCUCGAUAGGUGAUGGUGAAAUGGUGAAUUUACUCAUAAAUGCAAUCAGAGAUGCCAUACUCAAGGAAAUACAGGAGUCUCCCUUCUUCUCACUCAUCACAGACAAACCAGUUAAAAUUGCUGACAAGACACAUCUACCUGUUUUUAUCAGGUAUGUUGGAGAAUCUGCCCCAAAAGUUGAGCUCAUGGGUUUCUUACCGUUUGACGAAAACUGUCAUGUCGACACACAAGCAAAUAACCUCGCAAAGAUUCUUACUGAAGACUGGGGCUUGCCAAUGUCUCAGUGUCGUGGACAAGCAUUCAUGCACUUGGGCUCAGGUUACCAAAGUCUAAAGAAGAUGUCUUUGGAUUUUCUGAAGAGUUAUCCACUCUCUGUUGUAACGCCAAGUGAGUCUUGUGGCCUUGCCCAUUGGCUGGCAGGAAGUGUGCCUUGCCCUUCAGUAGCUAAAAUGUUGGAUAUCACAGAAGACUUGCUGCUGUUCUUUGACGAAUCUCCUUGUCUAGAGGGUCAGAUGGCGCAGGCCGUUGAUGGGCUUUUAAAUAUGCCAAGAGAGGCCCUGGAGGAAAUCCCAGAAACAUGUUGCUCAAGGUGGAGAAAGAGAGAGGAUUUCUUCGACAUACUUGCUGACACGUUGGAGGGUAUUCUCAGCUGUCUAGAUGCUGUUAGCUCAAGUACCACAGGAGCCAAGUCAAUGCAUGCACAAGUUCUCUCUACUGCUCUAAGAAAUGUGGAUUUCAUUGUCACCCUUGUGAUUCUGAAGAAUGCCUGUGCUCCUCUGCGUAACUGUAGCACUGUCUUCCGCUGUGGAAACCCUGCUGAUAUUCUCUGUGAGGUGGAAAAAAUCCCUUCAAUCAUUGAGACUCUUAACAAAAUGUUAGAAAACGUGAGCAGUGUGCACUCCACUUGGUUUGAGCAUGCCUUCCAGCUAGCAAACAAGGUAGCUCCUGAACAAGUAUGCUUUUCAGAGGAGGCCAACAGCUAUGAAUCUCCCGAGGUCUACUACAGAGAAAAUCUGAGUGUUCCUCUCCUCAGAAGCCUCGUUGAUGAGAUGAAGUACAGCUUCUCAGACAGCCACUUAAAGGCCCUGUCAGUCCUGUCAUUGCUGCCCUCCUGCAACCCACAGCCAAUUCUGUCGGAGACCACAGACAAGCCAUUCAGCCUCUACCUUACGGACCUUCCUGAGCCAGAAGCAGCUGAGCAGGAAAUCAAUGUCUGGGCUGCUGUGUGGAGAGAAAAAGAUCAGGAUGCUUCUCCUCCAACAUCCAUCGCUGAAACAUUAGCUCACCCUGAGUCAAAGAGCCAUCCAACUGUCACCUUACUGCUCAGGCUAGUCGCAGUUCUGCCCAGUGUCAGCAUGGAGUGUGACCUGAUGAAGACCACACUGAAUUCCAUGAGGGAUCUGUUGAAAACCACACUAUGCAAAGGCAGUAGAAUAGAUCAUGUGAUGCUCCUCUCUCACUGCACAACGCUGCAGAGACUACCGGAGGUCAUUGAGAAGUGUGUGGCGGUGGAUCCAGAGAGCAGCUCGUGUCUGUCUCAGGUGAUGGGAACUUUGCAAGAACUGAAGUUAGACAAAGGAGCCUUUGAAGUAAAAGCAGAUGAACCAUCAGAAGCUGCCAGUGGAGAAGACGGGCCUGCUGAUGGGGAGGCAAAUUUGGCUGACACUGAAGUGAUACUGGAGGUCAUUCCUGGAGGACCAAGAAAUGCCGUGUCGUUCUAUGAGCCACAGCUACGUGAGCAAAUCAUCAAGGAACUCUGGGACUCUCAGUUCUUCACUGUUAUAACUGAGAAAGAUGUUGAAAUCGAUGGAGAGCGCUACAUCCCCCUGUGUAUCAGGUACCUACACAAAGAGGACAUCCAGUGUGAGGAAACGCUGGCUUUCAUCCCUUUCAUUGAAGACCCAGUUACCCUUGCAGAAACUAUUGAGACUAUCCUGUCUGAAAAGUGGGGGCUCAAUAUGGAGUACUGCAGAGGACAGGCCUCACUAAGUGUUGGUGAAGUAGGAGCUCAGAUGAGGGCUGUGAGUUUAGCUAUAGCUACAAAAUAUCCCCAGGCUGUAAGAACUGUCAGCUCUGCUUUAUCUCUUAAUGUAUGGCUGGCUAAAUCGUGCCCCACUCCAGAAGCAGCUGAUGGAGCACUUCUCGUAGGAAAAAUAUUACACUGGCUUACUGAGGAUGUCGAACGCCAGAACAAACUGGAAGACAUGAUCCUUCAUGUCUUCCAGGAAGAUGAAGGAAAGGGCAAUGAGCUGCGUGACAAACUCAUCAAGAACUGGGAGAGAAGUCAUGACAUGCAUGAAGUAAUGGUAGAGGUUUUAGAAGCAGUCAUACUCUGCCUGAACGAGCUCAAGGGAGAGGGGAGUAUUCCAAACCAGCAGCAAGCAUCGCAGUUCUUAAAUGAGGUCAGGAAGUUUGAGUUCAUCCUAGUAACAGUUGUGCAGAAAAACAUCCUUAUUGUCACUAAAGAGCUUAGUCAGUCUCUUCAGGGCAAACCCUUGGAUUUGUUACUUGCUGUGAAAAAAAUGCCCGAAGUCAAAGCAUCCCUCAGUAAACUGAAGAGCGAUAUUGACACACAUCACAAGUUUUGGUUUGACGAAGCGAUCACACUGGCUUCUAAACUUCACGUCCCAUUGUUGCAUUCUGUGCUUCUAGAGCCGUUGAGUGAGUUUUACAAAGAGUCCGUAAGCAUGAAAGUUGUAGAGCACUCGAUAGCAGAGAUCGAUGACCUCUUCUCAGAAAAGGUAUUGGAUACUUUGAGGUGUCUGGAGAUUGUGCCUUACGCAAUGUCCAAAGUAGAAACCAGCAUUCUUAGUGGUCUUGUGUUCCGCCUGUACAAGGAGGACUUGCCAGAUCAGCCCUCCCUUCACUCUGAGAUAAAGUCAUGGAAGGAGAAAUGGUCUGAUCCCCUGGCUGGCUACCUUCCGACUACUGUGCUCGAUACCCUGAAGACGUCACAGAUAAGAAGUUUUAUUAACAUUGAGACUCUCCUCAGACUCCAGGUCAUCUUGCCAUUUUCAAGAAGGGAGAGCAGCUUCAGGCAAGGAAGGAGAAGUUUACAGGAGUUCAUGGUCGUAGAAAAGAAGUCCCUCUCUGAGCUCCAUGCACUGUAAGAGUUGAAGGUCUUCCAUCACCGUUAGCAGGUUUGAGUUAUGCCUUUGAGAUGUCAUCACCACCAUACAUAAGAACUACUGUCUCGACCCCAAUUGAGAUCCCAAGUUCUGAACUUAAUAUUUCUGUGUACAUUAUGAUCUAAAAUCUUUGAAAUUUGCUUUUCUUGUUUUCCUGCAAACCAAUCCCUAUAUUAUGGUUUUUGUUUAAUCUGUAGUUUGUACAGUUGAAUUGCCGGGUGGGACCAAUAUCUUGGCGAAAAAAAAAAGAAAGAAAAAAAAGCAAUGCUCCACUGACGGUUAUCAAUGCUUGCGUGCCUUGAUGCAAAACUAACAAUUCACCCCAUGUAUUAUGGUAAUACAUAUGUCGAAAGAUGUCCCAUUGGCGUGUGAAACAACUAUAUUUUUACCAUUAUGAAAAUGACCAGACUGACUCCCGCGUCGCUGUCAUGGAUUCAUUAUAAUCAUGAAACAACACCCUUAACCUUUCCUGGGCACAAAUAGAAAUAGUUAGUUUAAAUCAUGUCCUCUGAUGAUUUUCCCACGUUACCUGUCUCUUUGCAGGAAUGAAUUUGCUGUAAACGUAUCUUUGAAAGAAUGUUUCCUUCAUAGGGAACCCUUCGUAUAUAUUUGUCAGAAAAGUAAUAAAAAAUGCUCCAAAAAUA